CUCAUCCCUCGCGUAUACCCAGCUUUACGAUUUGCAAUGCCUUCUGCAAGAACGAAGUCCACGUGGCUGGUCCUGGCAGUCGCAAGCGGCGCUUGCGCAGCAUUCAAUGGCGUAUUCGCGAAGCUGACGACCACAGAGCUCACUACCUCGUGGUCAAGCUCCAUAUCGCAAGCUUUCAAUCUGAGUCCGUCAAAUAAAGUGGUCGAAUUCGGUAUUCGCGGGAUCUUCUUCGGCCUCAACCUCGUCUUCAACGCGGUAAUGUGGGGCCUCUUCACGCGCGCUCUUACCCUCGCUUCCUCUACCGUGCGCGUCAGCGUCAUAAACACGUCCGCAAACUUCAUGAUCACCGCCAUACUCGGCACGUUGAUAUUCUCCGAGGCGCUACCCGGACUGUGGUGGCUGGGCGCAGCAUUACUAGUGGCAGGGAGCGUGAUUAUCGGGAGGAGAGAAGAGGGGAAUAAAGCGGGCGUUGAAGCUGCGACUGGAAUCGAGCCGUUGCUGGAGGGCGAAAGACAGGGGGAGGGAUUUCGGGACAGCGAUGAGGAGGGAGAAGAAGACGUUGAGAUGAAUAGUGUGAAAGAUGGUGAUGAGGAGGAAGAGGGUAGUAGCGGGGAUGAGGACGCGGUUCUGAAGUAGGAUAUCUGGAUCUGUUCCUAUUCCUAAGGAGCAUCAGCUACGAGGACGAAUAUAUGUGCACAUCACGAUACCCACCUCGAGCAAGUAAUCGCCCGUCCAAGGAAGACUCGAGGAAUGUUGAACUGGUAUUCUGGCACAUACGGUCUACGUUAAACUAGUCCCCAGCAUCCUAUGCAACGGCGCCGGGAUAGACCAGGUUCUCGCGGGAACAUGCAUCGAUGACGCGCAGGCGGCGACCUCAAAUUUUGGGAACCCCUUUGACCUCGCCAAUGCUCUUCAGAUUCUCUCCCUUUGCCACCCCCGGAGCAAGCU